CACGUGUUGGGUUUCUGUCAGUGAGCAGUGAUUUGUUAAAACCACUUGUCCUCAGUCUCUGUGCUGCUGCUGCUGCUGCUCCUCAGCUCUUUACAUGGACAUGAGCUAAAGGUAUUCCUGGUAUGUUGCUCUCGCGAUGCCUGCGCUGCCGUCGUUAGGAUUCUAUAUUAAGUGCCGUCCACACAGAGCUUCCUACCAGACAACCGGGAUGAAUUAAAGUUGAAUCUAAGGGAAGUUAGGCCACAGUUGACUGUGUACAGUUUAAAUACCAUCCAUCGAGGAAGAAGCGGGGGCGUGGCCACAGCGAUGACGUCCUGUGUUUAUGUCAAACCGAGCAGCUAACAGUGAUUACGACUGUCAGAACCUCAAAGCCUGACUGGACGGAAAACGUUUCAAACUCCCUGCUGUCACUGCUGCCUCGGUGCCAUGUUCCUCUGUUACACAUGAGCUCUACUAUGUGGUACAUAAUGCAAAGCAUUCAAAGUAAAUACUCAUUGUCCGAGAGGCUCAUCCGCACCAUCGCUGCCAUUCGCUCGUUCCCUCACGACAAUGUGGAGGAUCUCAUUCGUAAGGGAGCUGACGUGAACCGAAUGCAUGGGACGCUGAAGCCCCUGCACUGUGCGUGCAUGGUUGCAGAUGCAGACUGUGUCGAGCUGCUCCUGGAGAAAGGGGCAGAGGUAAAUGCUUUGGAUGGAUACAACCGUACAGCGCUUCAUUACGCAGCAGAGAAGGAUGAGAGCUGUGUGGAGCUCCUGUUGGAGUAUGGAGCUUUGCCUAAUGCCCUGGAUGGCAACAAGGACACUCCCCUUCACUGGGCCGCCUUUAAAGAUAACCCAGAGUGUGUGCGAGUGUUGCUAGAGGGCGGGGCUUGCCCCAAUGCCCGGGACUACAACAAUGACACUCCUUUGAGCUGGGCAGCGAUGAAGGGCAACCUGGAAAGUGUCAAAGUGCUAUUAGACCACGGGGCCAUGGUGCAUGUGACAAACAUGAAGGGCCAGACUCCUAUCUCCCGACUGGUGGCUCUUUUAGCCCGGGGUCUGGGUACUGAACAGGAGGAGGAGUGCCUGGAGCUGCUCUGCAGGGCAGCCGGCCGGUUUGAGAUCCGACUGCCUGACGGCUCUCUUCCCAAGGAGUUGAGUAAAGACCCGCAGCUACUGGCCAAGCUUACAGACAUGGUGACGCAGGCUCCUUCUCUGCGCGCUCUGGCACGCUGUGCCGUCCGACAGAGUCUGGGAGUGCAGUUCCUUCCUACUGCUGUGAAAGAGCUUCCUUUACCAGAAACCAUCAAAGACUAUCUGCUGCUCAGAGACUGAGGUGAAACCACUGGAUGAAGAUCAGGACGGUUUCUUACACACACACACACGGGUGACAAACUGACAAUAGAGUUUUUUUUAAUUAUCUACAUCAUACGAUCUCAGUCUGCUGUUAUUUAUUUGGUGUCAGUUUUGGCAGUACACCAACACUCGGCCAUUAUCUUAAUAAUGGUGUGUUAUACUUGGCCUGGUAACAAAUGUACAACAAAAUCCCUCAUCCCUCAGAAGGGAAAUGUAAUAUCCAUACAAGUCCUGAGAACAGAGAAAAGGAGCUCCCUUUGGAAAAGGCUUUUAUUUUAAAAGAAUUUCCCGAGUGCUUUUAUGUAAGGUGAGGCAUUUUCAACACAGCAUUUCAGAACGUGUCAGCUUAACCUGGGAAGUUGCAUUUGUUUUGAGGUUCUAUGAUAUUACAAAUUCUUCUUUUGUGAUAUUUUUUGUAUUGUGAGGAUGGUGUUUUUUGGGUGACAGACCCGUUACCUUCCCUCAACCAACACAACUGUUCUUUUUUUGUUUUUUUGUUAUUCAUUCAAACUUCCGCCUGGCUCUGAUGGUUCUUUUGUUCAGUCCCUUUUCUAGCAGGAAUUAAGUGAUUCAUUAAAACUCACCCGUGUAAACUUUUCGUUUUCACUUUCCCCUCUGUUACGUGACACUUGCAAAAAUCAGUCUUUAAAAAAAAAUACACUUUCACUUGCUUCAUCUUCAUUAAAUCAUUAUUUUCCUACAUCUCUGAUGUAUUCAUGAUGCAUUCACUGACACAAAGGGAAAAAAUGUACAGGAAAAUAAUAUAUGCUUUCUAAAUAGGGACAAAAUGUUCAGAAAUGCUACCGUAGAAAAUUCCUUGCUCUGUGUAAUAGCGAUGUGGAGAUUUUUUUAUCAAGACAUCUAUGAAGAGAAAAUUAUGUUUGGUCACAGACUGUAUAAAUGUAGAGGUUGUUGGUAACUGCGGAUGUAUAAUUAGCAGUAUGUUUAGUUAUUGGUAUUAAUGAAUUGGUGUGGUUUGAAUUCAGUUCUGUACAGAAAAUGACAAAAUAGUUUGUUUUGUAGUCGUCAUGGUGAUGGUCCUGCUGAGCUGACUUUAAUAAAACCAUGUGUCAAAUAAAAUUCUUUGGCCAGAUUAAAAAAGAACAAUUUUAAUUAUUUAAAAGAAUAAUGCUAUAAUUUUUUUAUUGUUCCAGUCUCACAGUUCCAAUAGUUUGUAUUUGUCUAAGAAGAAAAAAGUUAGUUUAAUCAUUGAAAUGUCAAAUGUUGAAUACAGUUUGUCAUUUUAAUUUAUUGUUUGUUUUUUUUGCCAAGAAGAUUUACUUUCCAGUAUCACAGGUCCAACUUUUGAAACGUAUGUUUUUACUUCAACUAUUAAAUGACAUGACUACUUUGUGUUUAUAACAUGUCACUGGAUAAGCCAGUAAAUGGUAAACGUCUGUGUAAACUCUGACCAUCUCAGUGCUUGAUUUUGUUACUUUGUCUAUAGAUGUGUAACAGUAAAGCACUUAGAUCCCGUCUGGUGCAUUAGUGCAAGUACUAUUACUGUUUGUUGGUGUUAUAUAAUUAAAAACCUUUAUGUUCUA